CCUCCAACACUGUGAGACAAUAAAAAUCUGUUGCUUAAGCCACUCAGUUUGUGGUACUUUGUGCCGGCAGCCCUGGCGAACUAAUACAUUUGCUGUGCUUGAGACAUCAGCUGGAGCUUGGGUGCUUUUUUGACGCAUUACGCUGUCCUGCCCGUGGCUGUUGAAAGGUUCUGGAGAGGUGACUGGCCAGGCAGAAGCAAGGGACUGAGAAGGCCAGUAGUGGCCCAACGCUAUGUCGCAAUGCUUCGUCAUUCACCUCACUCCAUCUCCUCAUGUAAGCAUUUUGUCAUCUCACAUCAUCACAAAAGGAGAAGGGGCAGCCAGGAGUGCCUGAGGGACGUCACACAUAACACAUGGGGGAGGCGGUGGUGUAGCGUGCCAGCUUCUGCUUUGUUCGAAGCUGUUUGAGCAAGCCUUCUGCUCCCUCAUCACUCCAUCCAGACACACAGCCACUGGAUGAUUAGAAACUGGAUUCCUGAGUCACCACUUGAAGGAGAACCUCCUGACCAGGAACGUCUACAUUCGACUUCAUAGAAAUGAGAAAUAGACAUUGACUGGAUAAAUCAAGGUGAAAAUUAAUCAAGAGCUCAAGAUGACAUCAGUCCCGUUCGUCUAAGUCCUGGUGUCAUGUGGAUGGAGAACAGCAGCCGGUUAUGACAAAGGUGAUACGGACCCUCGUGGUUGGGUUCAGGACCAGAGACCUCAGGUUGAAGCCUUCCUUGCGCUGACUAUGAGACUAAUCCCUACGUCAGGCCAGAGCAGUUCAGAGGAAGACACAUCGCCAACAAGGCCCGGUUUUCAGCGUGCCGCCCCCGUUUGUAGAUACCUAUGGUGGCUCUCAACUGGCUCUUAAGUGGAAUUCAAUCUCCUGAUCCUGGGUGAUUUCUGCCUUACCUGAUGGAUUUGGCUUCGGGUCAGCAGAAGAGACACAGCCCAGCACCAACAAGGAGUCAAGGGUGACCUCUUCAUCCUCCUAACCACUUGCACUCCCGCCUGCUGUCCCUUGACCAGAGUCACCAUGCCUAGAGGUCAGAAGAGUAAGCUCCGUGCCCGUGAGAAACGCCGCCAGGCCCGCGGUGAGACCCAGGCUCUGGAGGCUGCUCAGGCUAUGGGAGAGUCCUCCUCCGCUGCCUGUCCCCCCUCUGGGGGUAGAUGUGCUGCGACUCCUUGCCCUGCUCAGGGAACCCCAUCUUCCGUGAGUGCUGAUGCAGCUCUUUCAUGCACCGAUUCAGAUGAAGGUGCCAGAAACCAAGAUGAGGGGAGCCCCAGCUCGUCUGACGGUGCUGAGGUCUUAUGCAGAGACCCACUAAACAAGAAGGUAGUUUUGUUGGUGCAGUUCCUGCUGCAUAAGUAUCAAAAGAGAGAGCCAAUUACGAAGGCUGACAUGCUGAAGUUUGUCAUCAAGAAGUACAAGUAUUUCAACGAGAUCCUCAAGAGAGCCUCUGAGCACAUGGAGCUGGCCUUCGGUGUUGAUUUGAAGGAAGUGGAUCCUGUCAGGCACUGCUACACCCUCAUCAGCAAACUAGACCUCACCUUCGAGAGCACGAUGCAUGAAGAAGAGAACACGCCCAAGACCGGCCUGCUGAUGAUCGUGCUGGGCGUGAUCUUCAUGAAAGGCAGCUGCGCCCCCGAGGAGGAGGUCUGGGAGGUCCUGAAUAUGAUGGGCGUCUAUGCUGAAAGGAAGCACUUCAUCUAUGGGGAUCCCAAGAAGGUCAUCACGCAAGAUCUGGUGCGGCUGAAGUACCUGGAGUACCGCCAGGCGCCCGGCAGUGAGCCGCCACGCUUCGAGUUCCUGUGGGGCCCGCAAGCUUACGCCGAGACCAGCAAGAUGCGAGUCCUGGAGUUUUUGGCCAAGGUUCAUGAUACCGUCCCCAGUGCCUUCCCGUCGUGGUAUGAAGAGGCUCUGAAAGAUGAGGAAGAGCGAGCCCGAGCCCGAGCCGCAGCCAGAGCUCAGACCGCCGCCAUGGCCAGUGCCCGUGCCCGGGGCCUUGGCCGGCAGCUUCUCCCAGUCUAAGUGAAGUCUGCGGCCGGUUGAACAGGUUUUAUAUCAAAUGUUGAAGUUUGAAGCAGAUUGUUUUCUUUGUGGAAGGACCGAGCAGUCAACAUUCUAAGUAAUAGAUGGCCAGGGUGGAUCUGGAAGGAACACAGUGAAUAUCAUCUUUGUGUUCCUGUUAUAUCUCAUAAACGUAGAGGUUUUUUUUCUUUUCUUUUUUCUUUUUUUUCUUUCUCUUUUCGUUCUGGUUUCUUUUUCUUUUUGUUGUAUUUCAAAUGUUACUUCUUUAACAAAGUUUACAUAAUUUUCCAGUCUAAACUUAUUAAUAAUUUUGGUUGUUUAUUGCUACUUAAUAGGUUUAAGAUUAGGAGUUUUAUUAUUUAGUAAAACAAAUGGGGAAACCUUUCAUAGUAACCAAAACAGAACAAUAGAAAUGGCAUUGUAACAGGCAUUCCCUUGGAAAUGUGAAAAAAUUUAGCCAGUUAAAUUACUGGGAUCAAAAAAUGGAGGGGAAAGAAGUAAAAGAGGUUCCAGUCUUGGUUUCCCCUAUAUAUUUUAGUCUGUUCUGUAAGGAUAGAAGAUGCAUACAUGGAUUUGUUUGGCUUAUUAAAGUGUUUAAAUACUAGAAUUCAUGCUUGCUGGCUCAUUUAU